CAAUAUGGCGAAAUGGGGAAGUUCCAGAACAAGUGGGUGCAGAAAAAAACAACACCUGGCGAUAACUGGCUGAAACUAACGUGUUUUAGCAUGAAAUAUAACCACAAGGAAAUGCAUUCGGUAUAAGCCACAACAAAUGGAUGCUUGCGAAACAAAGUCGUCUAAAAACCCCGAGAAAGAGAAAUGCAUUUCUCAUUAUUGGAAAUCGGCAAAUAACAGUAUUGAAAUACUCAAGUUCACAGUGAACACUGGAAUAAAGUCGGUGGCUUUGGGCUCUGAGCAUUGCCUGUUCCUUGCUCAUAAUGGCAAGGUAUUUGCCCGUGGUUCUAAUACAUUUGGCCAGCUUGGAAUGGGGGAUUUCGUUGAUAGAAAUGAUUUGACAGAAGUGCGAUAUUUGGCUUGUAAAACAGUCGUGAGUGUGGAAUGUGGAGUUCGCCAUAGCGGUAUAUUGACUAGUCAGGGGCAUGUGUACUGCUGGGGUGAUGCUGCCAGUGGACAAUGUGGUGUUGGUGAAUCAGUUAGUCUCAAUACACCAGCCAGAGUGUACUUCAUUGACAGCCAAGGAAAAGAUACUUCAUCUGUUAUAACAAACCUUGCUUUGGGAGAAUUGCAUAGUUUGGGUCUAACCAUUGAGGGGCAAGUUUGGGCAUGGGGAAGUGGAUGUGCUCUUGGCGUGGGAGACAAUCAGGCCAGGGCAUUGACACCACGGCUUGUGGAUGACCUCAUUGGUAAAAAAGUAAUCAGCGUCACUUGUGGAAAUUAUCAUAGUCUUGCCAUGAUCAAUGUUGACGACUUUGCUGGUAUGAAAACAAGUCAAGACACAAAUGCAGGAACUCCUAGUGGACAAACUGAUCCUAAAAAACGAACUGGGUUUUCAACACGGAUCAAGGUUUCGCGUCGCGAUGCAAAAGAAACAACUGUGGAACGCAGUCAAUCCAUGCCAAUCACAAGAAAACUAGGUGUUAAUCUUGUUAGUUUGAAUGACUCAGAUUGCACAUCUAGUGACAGUGAUGAUGCUGGUAAUGAUGUCACAAAGAGUUCCUUAAAAUCUGAAUCAUUAAAACCUGAUGAUGUGAAAAUAAAGGUUAAAAGUGAUAUUUCUGAUAUUUCUGAGUCACUUGAUGCAGGAAUAUCUAAGUUUACUGAUGCAGUUAUGAAAUCAGUCUCAGGUGUGUUGUCGUAUACAUCAUCCUUGACCGGGCAGGCAGUCCCAUCUGAUGAUUCCGAUGUGCCGUCUUCCACACCCUCAACGUCCACAGACACUCCGAAAACAACUCCUAGAACAACUCCCAGAACAAUUAAGAAAAAUCCAAAGGUGCAAGGGUGUGACCCGGUCUCAGUUCAGGUUUGGGCGUGGGGUAGAGGAACGUUGGGUCAACUUGGACAUGGAACAACUGAAGAUAAACCCUAUCCUUGCUUAAUUGAUGAGCUCUGUGGCGUCCACAUUGUCAAAGUGGUUGCUGGCAACCAUCACUCUCUGGCUUUAACCCGUUACAGUCAGGUGUACGCUUGGGGCGAUAACAGCCACGCCCAACUCGGAAUUAAGAAGAAUGUCAUAAACAAACCAAGAAAAGUCAAGUCACUGUCCAAUGUGUUGGUAUGGGACAUAGCGGCUGGAAGUCAUUAUUCCUUGUUCCUUGGUGACAGUUCUCAUCAUAAUACUGAUGUUUACGUGUGUGGAAAGAAACCUAGUGGUCUACCAAUGUCUUGCAUGACCAGUCUAAUGGAUUAUCGUGAUAAUUACGCAUCCCCUGUUGAAUCUGAUGAAUUCUUCAACCAGAAGAGCUCUUUAAAAAAAUCCAGAAAUCUUUCAACGUCAAAAUCUGAGACAGACCUCAGUACGAUCACCACCUUGUCUGAGGGAGUGAAGAUUGGUCAGAUGACAUACUUUAGAAAGACUGGUAUCUUGCGUGGUAUCCUUGCUCGUGGUGAACAAUGUAUUUGUCUUUCUCUGAGGGAACCAUCGCGAUGGUUGGAAAUAGUGUCCGAGCUGGUUAGCAUGGAACGAUCGUUCUAUUAUAAGCUUGCUCUAGUCUGGCAGUCAAUGUUAGAACCACUUCUGAUGACAGUUCUACCAACGCUUGCUCAAAAUGACCAAUUUGAUCAGACGUUAACGCAGAUCUGUAAAACGUUUCAUCACGUUAUGCGUCACGUGGCUAUCACGUGCAAACGUCUGGCACGUGUCGUCAACGAUGUAAAUUCCGUCGUCGAUGCAGUUAGAAUUCUGGACGAUGAUAAAUAUUUCAACGCGUUUUCAAAGUAUUCAAAAAUAUUCAGUGACUGCGUUGCCUGUGGUGUCCUGGACUCUUUGGGAAAAGACGCAUGCGCCGUGUUUAUUAAAAGUCGAUUCGUUUUUGAGGAGCUUUUGUAUGGAUUCACGGAGGGCUCCAAGUCAGAAAGCGAGGCGUUCAAAGAUAUUCUCUAUCUUCCAAUACAAAGGUUGUCUGAAUUGGCCGAGAAAAUUACUGUUCUUCAGUCGUCCCUUUCCGCAGAAAACAAUUCUGCUGAAUGUAGAACUCUGGGCGACGUGGCUUUCCAAUGGCAAAAGCUUUUAUCCACAGACAAUCAGCGUUCGCGUGAAGCAAAUUUGACAAAGGAAUUUUGGGGACAAUGUCCCCCGAGAUUAGCGGAGGCGUACAAAAGACCACAUCGUCGUCUGUUAUUGAGUAGCAAGGUCUGUGAUCUGUUUCUUCCAAAACCUGGUAGAUUUUCGUCACACUGGUUCGUUCUCCUCUCUGAUACACUACUUCACAUCGUGUCAAACAAGACAUUCACAGCUUACGACUUGUCCACAGUCUGGGCGUCCCCUGUUGCUGAUGUUUACGCUGAAAACUUCACAAAUGCAAUCAAAAUCACAACACCUGAGGAUUCCUUCACCGUCUGCUCCAAGACUUCAACCGAAAAGGCACAGUGGCUGGUAACCACCAACCAAGCCAUAGCGAAGGUUUUAUCAAAGACAACACCGUACAGGUUAAGUUCGGAGACUGUAAACACAAAGGUUGGUAGUUUCACACCAGCAAAAGCGAGACAGGCAGCACAUUUCUUUAUUCAAGAUCCCAAAUACAAAGGAGCGUGCUACACCGGAAUGUGGUUGUCUGGAAAACCUCACGGACAUGGUAAGAUGGUGUGGUCCUCCACUGCCCAAACUUAUGAAGGUGAAUUUAGAAACGGCGCUUACAACGGGUUUGGUCGAAUGAUAUUUGUAACAAAUACUUCAGGAGGUGUUGCCGAAGAGUACAGGGGGGAAUGGAAGGAUGGAAUGAUGGAGGGUCAGGGUGAGAUGAGCUAUGGCGACAAGCAGGUUUACAUUGGACACUGGGUGCGCAAUCUUCGUCACGGUCAUGGCGUUCUGCGCAUGGGCACAAUGACGUCAGCAGCACCGAGCGUCUUCACAGGGAACUGGGACAAGGAUAAGCGAUCAGGUUUCGGAGUGAUGGACGACUUUACGAAAGGUGAGAAAUACAUGGGCAUGUGGGAGAAUGAUAUUCGUAGUGGUCCUGGUCUGAUCGUCACGUUGGACGGUAUUUACAACGAAGGACGAUUUGCGAUGAACAAGCUCAUGGGCCAAGGUGUCCUACUGUGUCAUGACAAUACGAAAUUUGAGGGAGAUUUCUGCGGAGAUGCUCAGAUUAAUGGCAAGGGUGUUCUUACGAUGCCUAAUGGAGAUCGUAUUGAAGGCACGUUUCAAGGCCAGUGGAACGAAGGUCUCAAAAUUAAUGGAAUCUACUUCAAAGAUACCAGCCACAAUGAAAACUCCACCAUAAUUCUGCCGCCGGAAAGAUCCGAAAGUCCCCAGUCACUGUACUAUAUACCGGCAAGUAAAAAAUGGCGUAGCGUCUUCAACGAAUGUCGUGAUCGGCUUGGUUGUCUUGGCAACGAUGAGCCGGACCUGAAGAGGGCCUGGAAGAGUGUCGCGGAGGACUUGGUCAGAGCUCCCGUCAUGAAGUCCCUUCAUCAAGAACGUGAAGUGAUCAGCGAUGUUUUGAAAGGUGUCGACUUGGACCAAGCCAAGAAGAUUGCUAAAGAUGAAAAGGAAUUACAGGAAUAUUUGACCAAGGCAUUCAAUCUACCAUACCACCCACUGGGGAGGUUGGUUGAGACUUUGGUUGAUGUCUACAGAGCGACAUAUGUUGGUGUAGGAGCCCACAGUCGGUUGUUACCACACGCUGUUGAGGAGCUCAAGUCGUACAUUGAACGAAUAUACUCCAUUAUCAGAAUUUUAUUUCCAUCUUUACCGAGCGAAGAGUUCGUUCAUGUUGGCGAUUCGAAUCAUCUUGACGACCAAUCAGAUGGUGAGAUUCCUGAUAGUAAUACGUUACUUGGACCGCUCAUAUUCCCGCGCUUUUACCCGCCGUUAUUUACCCUGUAUGCUUUGCACAACGAGAAGAACGACAGCGCGUACUGGGAACGAGUUUUGCAACUGAACAAGCGAACCGACCUCGCUCUGAUGUCGUAUCUUGAGGUCAAAAGAACGUUUUGGCUUGCUUCCGAAGAGACCAAUGGUUUGGUGUACGAAACGGAUUUGACAAACUGGAAGCACACACAUUACUACGAGAAAGCAGUUGACGCGUUUCAACAAAUCAGCACAAAAUUCAGUCCAAUGGAAAAGAUUUCAGUCUUGAAGGAAACAUUUCAUCGUAUCCACAAGGAAGUCCAGGAAUUCUGGAAAGGAAAAGCAAAAUUGAUGUCAUUGGACGACCUAUUCCCAGUCUUUCAGUUUGUCGUAAUACGGUCACGCGUUCAUCAUCUUGGCUCUGAGAUUGACUUCAUUGAGGAUUUAAUGCAGGGAAAGUAUCGUGCUGGAGAACAUGGGCAUAUGUUUACAACUCUAAAGGCCUGUUAUUAUCAAAUACUGAACGAGAACUGAGGGGUCAGACGUACUUCAUCAUCAAGGCGACAGUUGAAGACCCCCAGCGAUGUAUCCCAACACGCAACGCUUCGCCCCGAAAGUUUAACACAACGAAUAAUCUUGCAAACUGUUUAAUAUUGUAUGGUUCUGUGCGCCUAGAUGUUCACAUUUGCGAAUUGCAUGCGGGUUUUUGCACUCGCCUUUCAUACAUUUUUUUCAUUCAAAACUUUCAAUGGACAUGGAACUUGAAACCAAUCCUUAAGUCGGUUUGUCAGUGUUAAAAUUGCGUCUGGGAGUUUAAAAAAUACGUUUCACGAACGUGCGAACGUAACUCUAGCCCAAACCAACAAUAUAGAAUGGUCUUAAAUGCAAGGCUUGGGCGUGAAUCUUAAAUAAAGAAUUUAUAAUUCUUUAAAUCAUAUGCAAUGGUGUCGUACAUUCCAAGUGUGCUGUAAUAUAAUUUUAUUCCAAAUUUUUUGGUGCAAAAUGAAAUGAGUUAUGUAAGAUAAGAAAUAUUUUUAAACAUGUAAAUUGCACAUAUAUACAUAAUAUACAAUGGAAAAUAUAUCUUUCAUUUCAUAGUUCUCGCUAUGUACUCUGUCGAAUGAAACUGUCAGUCAAACUGAAAAGCACUUUUU